UUCAAACUUCAAAAACAUCAAACUAAAUUCUUGCACUCUCUCUCUCCUAUAUAAAUCUCUCUGCGUCUCUCUCUAAUUUCACAAUUUGACCCAUCAAUGGAAAACUCACCAAAUCCCCAAGAAAACCAAAACCCAUCUCAAAUCCCAUCACCCAAUACCCAUGCCACAAACAUUUCCAUCUCGAACAGCUCCGGCCACUCAACUCCGGUCACAAGAUCCGACCCGAACAACCCAUACCCGACAACUUUCGUUCAAGCUGACACCAACUCUUUCAAACAAGUAGUUCAAAUGCUCACCGGAACCACCGAAACCGCCAAGCAAGCUGCAUGCGGGUCGACCCGACCCGACCCGGUGAGAAACCUGAUCCCACCCAUCAAGUCGGUAACCAAGAAGGAGAAAGCAUCCAAGCUCUACGAGAGGAGAAACAGCAGCCUCAAGAACUUUAAGAUCAGUCCAUUGAUUCCCGGGGGAUUCGAGAAUUAUUCCGGGUCGCCCCGAACGCCAGAAGUGUUGUCACCGAGUAUGCUCAAGUUCCCGGGUCUAGUUUUGAGCCCGGUGACACCGCUUAUACUUGACCCGUUUAACCGGUGCUCAAACACUAAUGUGGGACCUAUAGAUAUGGAAGCUGAGAACAAAGCUAUUGCACACAAGGGAUUUUACUUGCAUCCAUCACCGACGAAUACUCCGAGAGGCGGGUCGGAGCCCCGACUCUUGCCUUUGUUUCCGGUCACAUCUCCUAGAGUUUCAGGUGCUUCUAGUUCUUCAUAUUAGAAUUGUUGUAUAAAAUUAUAUAUAAUUUAUUAUAUAUAAUUUGGAAUUCAUGAAACAAUCUUGUCAUUGAAAUUUGCUACUCUAGCUAAUGAAAAAUUCAUCUUCAUAGAGUUAAUAUGAAUUUUUUCGAAUUUUACGA